AGCUUCACAGUUGCCUUCUCUAUACACAACAGCUCUUCAAGUUCUCAAUUGGCUAUUGAGCUUCCACCUCGGCCUCUUCUUUAUCUUACCCAGGGCUCUAUUAAAGCCGACUUUACCGGUACAGAGCUGCUGAAAACACCUAGCCAGGAACUGCCAGCUUUCCCUGCGCACAACAUCCAGCACGAGCACGCGAUGGAUGCGCGCGUCCUUUCGAGCCUCGAUAAUCUCGAGGCUAGACUCAAUAGUGUCCUUACUUCGUUGACGACGUCGCCUACUGCUGCCGGAGCACCAGCCGCAACACUCGCUCUAAUCGACGCAGAUGACGCGCUGUCUUCGGCGCUUGAGACUCUCCGCACACACCAAGCUAAUUACGCCAAGAUCCUAAAGCUUCGAGCUGAGGCGGAACAACUGGAAGAAAGGGUUAAGGGGAUUGUGCGAGAUAUUGAAGGCGUGGGAAAGGAAAUUUCUACUGUAUGCGGUGACGAAGUCGAGGACGAGAGCGAGACCGACGACGACAGCGACGAUGACAGCGACUACGCGUCAGACGAAGCUGACAAGAAAGUCACAUCGACCAGUCGAGGGAAAGAGGUCGACUACAAGUUACUGCUUGACUUUGCCCGUCGAAUCAGCAGAUAUAAUCAGCAAGCAGCGGCAGACGCGGCGGCUGGAGCUCUAGUCAAGAAGAGGCUACAGGAAGAGAAGCAAGCGGAUCGAGACGUGGAGAUGACCGGUGUCAAUGGAGACCAUGCUGAAGGAGAUAACGCACGGUCCGUCGGUGCAGUCACGAAGGACGCAACUGCCUGGCUAGACGAGUCCGCAAAUAUGGCGCGAGCGAUGUACAUGAUGCCUUUCCCUGCAGAAGAUCGGAUUCGACUGGGUCUCAUGGCACAAGUCCAGCUUGCUGCGACGGAUCGAGGGAUAGAUCCCGACCAGGAGGUGGAGAGAUUGGUGCGGGAAGCUGAAGGAGUCGGCAUUGCCGAACCAGUGCAGAUGCAGGGUCAGAGCGAAGAAAGGAAUCACGCAGCUGAGGCAUCAAGGGCUGCAGAGCAUGUGGGUUCGACUGCCGUGAGUAGUGCUGCACCAGCGGCUGCUCCUCCAAAGCCUAAGGCUACGCUCGAUCUCGAUCUAUACGACCCAGAAGACGACGAUAUUUGAAAAAAAGUGUCUAAGGAAGCUCUCGGUCAGGUAAAAAUCUAGACCUGCACCUCUUUGCUUCUGUAAACUUUGAUACUGCCUCGGUAGACGCAGGAAUCAUGGACGCAGUCGCAUAAAAUCCGGAAUGAUAUUUGUCCAAAGACCUAUGUUGACUA